AUCGACCUAAGUUCUGGGCAUUUUAACAAUAGCAAAUUAUCUUAGAUUUGCUAACUUACUUCACCAGGAUACAAAUAUAUAUCUGUUGCAGUUAACUAAAGUGGUUUUUAUCAUGAUUUUAUCGUUUAAAGAUUAUCUCAAGUCUUUAAAGAUCUUUGCACAAGGAGAUUUUUUGGAUUAUCACAACAAGAUUCACGUYGUCAUUGGWAAUGAAGCUUGRGAUCUUGAUUCAGCAGUCUGUGCAAUUGUUUAUGCUUACGGCCUCCAUAAGGUUUGUAAUUAAWWKCAGUAAUGCAUGGAUYUGAAGUCGAAUCUUGUCAUUCCSGUUUUAAACGUCCCAAGAGAAGACUACAGACUCAGAACUGAAAUAACGCACACCAUGACAAGAUCUGGCAUUGAGGCUGAUGACUUGAUAUUCAUUGAUGAAAUAAAUCUGCAGAUCAUGAAGGCUCAUGGGGAAUUGACUGUGACUCUGGUAGACCAUAAUAUCAUUCCAGGUCAUCAGGCUUUUCUGAAGGAUGCUGUAGUUGAGAUUAUAGAUCAUCACAAAGAAGAAAUGCCAUCAUCACCAAACUACUCCAAAACCAUCGAACCAGUUGGUUCCUGCAGUACUCUUGUGGCUGAAAAGAUCUUACAACUAGCACCUGACAUCCUAGAUGAACAAGUUACUGGUCUUCUACUUGCAGCAAUACUAGUAGACACAGUCAACCUUGAUCCAAGGGCAGGCAGAAAGACUGACAAAGAUGUUCAAGUUGUUGAACAACUGAAAAAGUACUUGAAAACAGAUGUCAGUUGUGAGGAAUUGUAUUUGUCAGUCAGUAAAGCAAAAUUUGACACUUCAACACUAACAUGCAUGGAAAUUCUACGAAAAGACUUCAAAGCUGUCCCAACAAACCAGAAAAGUCAUUUAUCAAUAGGAAUAAGUUCCAUAGGACUCUCAUUGCAGUCUUUUUUCACCAAAGARAACAUUGCUGAAGACCUGAGUGAGUUUUCAAAACUAAGAGGACUCAGUGUGUUGGUAGUCAUGGCAAUGUAUUUCCAUUCAAUGGAAGGACCUCCAAGUAGGCAGCUAGCUGUUUAUGGGCUUGAUAAAGGUGGAGCUGAAAAGUUGUCACAGUUUUUGAAGGAUAAAAAYGAACUGGAGCUUGUUGCAAUGGAAUCUGUUCUACAGGGUUGUGAAUGUUAUGACCAAAAGAAUGUCAAAGCYUCACGGAAACUUGUGUUUCCUUUGGUGAUGGAAUUUCUAAACAGCUAAAUGUAUUGUUGUCUUGUCUAGCCUACUGGUAACUGUUUGGUUUUGUUCUUUGGACCUCUUGUUGAAGGAGUGUCCAUCCUCUCCUCCUUGGCUCCUCACUCCUCAUUGGCUGUUGUCUUCAACAAAGAAAACCAAGGAAGGAAAAAAUAAAAAAAAAAACAACAACAACAACAAACAAACAAACAAAAAGAAAAUAAAACAAAAAUAAAACUUGCACAAAUUUUGCGUUAUGAAUUUUAAGUUCAGUAUUUAUCUUAAUCCUCAGUAAUCAAAGUGCCACUAGUUAUUAAAACUCAAUUUUUACCUUUUGUUGAAUAAGAGUUUAAAAUCAUCAUUAAUUGAUAUACCUGUGUAKAACUAUUGCACUGCACAAGUCUUAUUCAAUGAAUAAAUAUCAUUGAUGAUUCCA